GCCAUCUACAAGAUGGUGUCCUCCCUGAUGAAGAUGCCCGAGGACGGGUCCAUGCCCGAGAAGCGAACAGACAAGAUCUUCAGGCAGAUGGACACAAACAAUGAAGGUUUAGUCUCCACUGCCAGCUGCCAUGGACAAGCAGAACAGCAAGCUGCGUCCUGAGGUGCUGCAGGACCUGCAGAAUCACAAGGAGUUCACCGACCAUGAGCUUCAGGAGUGGUACAUAGGCUUCCUCAAUGACUGUCCCACUGGCCACCUGACCGUGGACAAUUUCAAGAUCCAGCACAACUUCUUCCCCUACAGAGAUGCCUCCAAGCUCACUGAACAUGUCUUCCAUACCUUUUACACCAACAGUGACAGCACUAUCAACUCCCGAGUGUUCAUCAUUGCUGUGAGCAUGACCUCUUGGGGCAAGCUCGAGCAGAAGGUCAAGUGGGCCUUCAGCAUGUCUGACCUAGACAGCAAUGGCUACAUCAGCUGCAGUGAAAUGCUGGAGAUAGUGCAGGCAAAAUGUCCCUGGAAGAAUUCAACAAAGGUGCCAAGAGGAAUCCAUCCAUUGUCCGGUUGCUGCAGUGAGAUCCCAGCAGUGCUAGCCAGUUCUGAGUGGAAUGGGCUUUACACAGUUGUGUGAAACACAGGCUUGACCUGCCAUCUUCAGCUUUGCUUGCAAAAGUGGACUUCUCCGUGAUUUCUCCUGCUCUCUCAGGACCUGGGUCCAGGCAGCACAUCACACUCACCUGGUCUGGCUGGAUGCAGCUCCCUCCUCUAUUUGAUCCCAUAGAUGUCCCUCCUCCUUCAGUCCAGGCUGGCUCCUUCUAAUGGUUCAAGUGUUCUCAGCUGUAUGCCUCUUUCCCUGCCCACAGAGGGCCUGGAAGCCCUUAAGGACACCAGACAGGACUUUUCAGUAUCUUACCAAGACCAGCUGAUUUAUUCUAUGUUCCCAGGUGACUUUGUGAGGAUGAAGAAGAUAGACAG